AUGUUCAUUAACACCUCUGUCUUCUUCACUGCUGCUCUGGCGACCAUCGCUGCCGCAGCCCCCACCAACCUCGCCAGGGACGGCGUAGGUGGACUUGGUGGCGGUGAUGUACUUGGUGGUGAUAACUGCAAUGCUAACGCACUAUGCUGUGACAACUACGGAUCCGGCCUUCUCGGUGGUCUGUUGGGUCUUAAUGUUGACGCCCUGACCGGCAACCUUGGCAUUGGUUGUAUCCCAAUCGAGGUCAUUGCUCUGAUACCAGAUAAUUCCUGCAAUGCCCAGUCCGUCUGCUGCGAAGGGACUACUUUCUCCAAUUUGCAAUUGAUUGGUCUUAACUGCCUUCCCCUCAAAGUCCUUUAG